AUGAAAUCCAUGAAAUUCUUAAAUCUAAAAUAUAAAAAUUGAAAUAUAAGUAAUGGCAGACGCUACAAAGUCGUCAGCACAUAGCCCCGGUAGACUCAUCGCAAAGUACCUCCAGGAAAACGGUAAUGGGGCUACGGUUACAGACAUCGUCCAGCAUCUGCAAGGUCAACCGUCAGGCACUACUAAGCCAGCUAUGGAAUUGAACAAAACCGUCGAGUCUAUUUUGGCCGAUGCCACAACACUGGGCUUUCUGGAAAGGAAAGGGUCGAAGUUUAAGUAUUGGGUGGCAAAAGAGGCCUGCAGUUGGGCUCGACGUUGUCGCAGAAGACCCAAAAGAGCUUGCAAGCCCCGCCGUCGGCGACGUUGUUCGCGUCGUCGACGUCGUCGUCGCCGUUGCAGAUGCGGAUGACUGCCAUGCCUGAAUCCCGUUUGGUACCUAUCCUACCAGUCGUAAUACGAGUAAUUGAAUCAUCGUUGCUAUAACUGCAGUGGCAAUUAAGUUGUUCAAAUGGAACUCACGAAUGACAAAAAUGAUAGAAGCGAUCACAAACCUUUGCACCUGUUAUACUUAUGUUAAUAGAAAUAUAGGAAACUCAUAACUUAAAAGUACGUGUAUUUUUAAUCUCCAUUCUAAUCAUUGCAUUAGCAGCAAGGGUUAUAAUAUAAUCCGUAGUUGUAAUAGGAUUGGUAGGACCACGGAUGGCAAAGAUGCCACCUUAAUAGAGACAGUAUCAUUUAAAGUAAAAACCAUUUUUACGGGUAA